CGAGCAUUUCACACUUAAGACAGGCAGAGUGGUUGAGCAUGCAGGCUGCUAGUGGUAGCUCGUCGGAAAGGGUCAGGGGCUCGCCGUCGGCGAUGGAGACGGGCGGCGGCCAGAGCGCCAAGAAGCGGAGGCUGGAUCUGGUGCUGGCCAGGCCGGCCCCGGUGAAGCAAGAGAUGGUCGUGCUCAUGCACGAGGCGGGCGAGAUCGUGCCGGCGAUACAGGCCCCGACCAAGGAGGCCCAUCUGGGCCUCACCGUUCUGCAGUGCCACUUCUGCUCCCGCCCCUUGAAGCCGCCCGUCCACCAGUGUAAUGCUGGGCACCUGGCAUGCGGCGACUGCCGCGGCGAGCGCCCCGGUAAUGAGCGGCAGUGUCAGAAGUGCGAACGUGGCGGUGGUUUCGACGUCCAUAACACGGCGAUGGACGCCGUGGUCUCCGCGGCCACGGUAGAGUGCGCACACGACGGCUGCGGGCUCUUCAUCACCUACCACAAGCUCCAAGACCACCAGGACGCGUGCCCGUUCGCGCCUUGCAAGUGCCCCGUUCCCGGCUGCGGCUUUGAAGGCCCGCCGCAGACGCUCCCCCACCACCUCACCGAUGUCCACCCCAUGCCCGUGCAAACGAUCCAGUAUGGCAAGGUUCUUCAGCUGCAGGUGCCGGUGUCGGAGCCGCGGCGCCUGCUGUUCGCGGAGGAGGACGAGCGUGUGUUCCUCGUGGUCGGCGGCGCUCUCGGUCCAAGCGCACCUAUCGCUGUGUCGGUUGUGUGCAUCAGGGCGGGGGCCUCCCCGCCGCCGCACUACACGGCCAAGGUGUGGGUGAAUGGGCCGCCGUCGGCGGUUAACGGCAGGGUCAACACUGUCAGGGCUGAAAUCGAGGUGACGAGCACCAAGGAGCCCGACGUCCUCGUCGUGGAGGAGCUGAUGACCUUCUUGGCGGUGCCGCCCAAGAUGCUUGCUUGGGAUGGGCCGUCCAGGUCCAGGAUGGUUUGGCUCCGCAUUCGUAUUGACAAGACCUCAUCCUAAAUGAUUCCACAAGUUUAGUCUUCUAGUGAUCUUAGUAAUGUGUAGGGUUUAAUUUGGUUUACUUUAGCUUGAGAGAUGAUGGAUUUUGAUGGUGAUGGAGUAGUCACUUAAAUCUUAGGUCAGCAGUUGAAGUAAUUUCCAACUGUGGAAGGCGUAUUUUGUGACUCUUGCAUAUAAGAUCAUUUGUGUAACAAGUGAACCUAAAUGUAUGCUGCUUAUAUGUUUGAUUAUUA